AUGGCCGGAAGAGUACGUAUAGAAGUUGGAGGUCAGGUUUUUACAAUUCCAGUUGAGCUUCUAGAAAACGGACCUUCAUCUCGUCUACAAAAUUUAUACAAAUCGACCUCUGCAUCUAAUAAAACGUGUGUGAUCGCUGUUGAAAGACCACAUGAAAUGUUUCCUGCUAUAUUAGCAAUGUACCAAACUGGAGAAUUGCAUAUACCUAUGACGUCAUGCCCGGGAGCGUUCAUGAACGAGCUGGCCUUUUGGGAAAUCCCAGUGGAAUCCCUUUCUUCUUGCUAUGAUUGGAUUGAUAUGUUGGAGUACUCACAGAUGUUACGUGCUUUGAGAUUAUUCCGCAUUGUGUCCAGUAUCCGAGCUGGUAAAGUACUAGCUUACUCCAUACGAGCAAACCUAAAGGAUCUGUCAAUUCUAUGUCUAUUUCUCAUUGCCGGGAUGUGCGCGUUUGCAAGCUGUUUCUAUAUAGCAGAAGACAAGAAGAAUGUAAGCAGCAUUUUGAUUGGUUGGUAUUGGGCUGUUGUAACAAUGACUACGGUUGGAUACGGAGAUAUUUCGCCACAGUCACAA